CUACCCACAUUGGAAAGAGAAAGAUAAACAUUGAAUUAGUACAGCCAGUUCAGCUACAAAGAACAGACUUUAUAAGUAAACGAUUCCAAUAUGGCGAAUGUAAGGGAUAGUGAUACGUCGUUGUGGCUACAUAACAAGCUCGGUACAUCAAACGAUAGCUGGACCGGCAGCUCGAUUUGCUCGCAGCUCAAUGCCGAGGUACUGCGUAACAUCAAGGAUUGUUUUCCCGAUCUUCAAACGCAGGUCAAGCUCAAAUUGCUCCUGUCAUUUUUCCACAUACCAAGACGCAAUGUGGAAGAGUGGCGUGUGGAGCUGGAGGAAAUUAUUGAGGUUGCGUCUUUGGACAGUGAGCUAUGGGUAUCGAUGUUAUCCGAAGCGAUGAAAACUUUUCCAUCAACUGGAUCUUUGAACACAGAUAUUACUGAUCUAGAUGAUCAUAGACCUAUUUUUGGCGAACUGGUCAAUGAUCUUCGGAAACUUUUGAAGAAGCAAAAUGACCCUGCUAUGCUUCCCUUAGAAUGUCAUUAUCUUAACAAGACUGCAUUGAUCUCGGUGGUAGGUCAACAACCUACGCCGGUUAAACAUUUUACUCUCAAGCGAAAACCCAAAAGUGCAGCUUUGAGAGCAGAAUUACUUCAAAAAAGUACUGAUGCUGCUAAUAAUCUUAAAAAGAGUACAGCUCCUACUGUACCAGUAAGAAGCAGAGGCAUGCCGAGAAAAAUGACUGAUACAACACCUUUGAAAGGGAUUCCAAGCAGAGUACCAACAAGUGGUUUUCGAUCUCCUUCACUUACGAGCACUUCUAUGUCCAACAGAACAUCAAUUAAUAAUAGAAUCCGAAAAGAUGGUGGUAUUAAAUUACUCGACAUUAAUGAGCAGCCUCUCGGAUAUGCACAAGCAAAAAAGAGGAAAAGAAUGUUGGAAUUGGAAGAGCAACAAAAGAAGGUUGCGGAAGCGCAAGCGGCCGCUGCAGCAGCGGCAGCUUCAGUCACACCAGUUGCGGAAACUCCGGCGACUCCGGAGUAUGCGCAAGGACUAGCCUCGAUAAAUCCACCCGCUACACCAGUUGCACCAGCGGUGGUUACAACGCAAUCUUACGUCGCACCUAGUACGCCAAGCAGCAUUUCAGUUACGACUGCAUCGCAAACACCUACUACAUUAACUCCAACAACGCCGGCUGUAUUACCAGUAGUGGUUUCAUCAACGGUGGUAGCACCUGUAGAAAAUACACCUGUUGCUGUGCAAACAGUUAGACCGGCUCAAACAGUCACACAGAUACGUAUACAAACCACUGCACAGCCUAAUGCGGCAGCUAAUACGAGAAAAGGACUGUCUCUUACGCGAGAGCAAAUGUUGGAAGCGCAAGAAAUGUUUAGAACUGCAAAUAAAGUAACGCGUCCAGAAAAGGCUCUUAUAUUAGGUUUUAUGGCUGGCUCUAGAGAUAAUCCUUGUCCAAAAUUGGGCAAUAUAGUCACAGUGAUGCUGUCAGAGAACAUAGAGGAAGUGACGCAGUCGGAUGGAACAACCGUUCCGAUGUUAGUCGAAACCCAUUUCCAAAUGAACUAUACAAAUGGCGAAUGGAAAAGGAUAAAAAAAAAUCGACGUAUUGUUACGGAGGAAUCCACAUCAGCGUCCACUCCCGCACCGAGUGCGACCGCCACGGCCUCCAAUUGAAAGAAUUUGUUCAAAUUGAUAUAAUUAUUGAUAUGUUUAAAAUCUAUAUAAGAAAAUAUCGUUUCGUGCAGUUACUAAAAAUUAACGCACAUUGUGAUCAUUCGUCUUCUUAGCGAUACGAUAAAGACGUUGCUGAAUUAAGAACUGAUUCAUGUUUCACAAGGUCUAACACGGAAUUGUUAUCAAAGUUCUUAACUGUUGUAUUUGUUUUACCCCUAUAUCAUAAACGACAUAAAUAAUUCAUUCAUUUUCUUGUAUCAAUCCUAAAUUUUUAUUUUUAAAUCUUUUUACUUUGAAGUUUUAGUUAAACAGAAAUAUUGAGUUGAACGGAAAAUUUGUUCAGUUUUUUGAUCAACUAAUAGAUGAUUGAAAGAACGACACGAACUUUCUGUUCAAUCCAUAAUUCAUCAAAAUUUUCCUUUGUUGAAUAGUAUUUUUUAAGGCGUUUAUGAUAUGAUAGAUUUAUGCACUUUGUGCAUAUUAAUUUUUAUAAUGCAGAGUUUGUGUAUAUAUAUACACGUGUGUGAAUAAUCAAACAUUUUCUGAAUGUGAUCAUGUAUUAAAACCUUUAUAUUAUACAUACAGAGAGAUAUAUACAUGCCAUACAUACUAUAGAAAUAUAUAUGUAUACACACUUAUUCGUUUAAAAAGAACGAAACUUCUAUAAUGUUGUUAUUUGAAUAAACAUGAUUAUAUAUUAA